AUGGAAAAUGACAUCUUCGAAAAAAGCAAAAAUGAGUUAGAGAGAAUCUAUCUAAACAAACAUGUGGUGGUGCACCCCAUAGUCCUCCUUUCAGUGGUGGACCAUUACAACCGUAUAGCAAGCAACACGAAGAAGAGAGUACUUGGCACAAUUCUUGGAGAAAAAAUAGACGGUGUUGUACACCUCACAAAUAGUUAUGCCUUGCCAUUUGAAGAGGACAUCAAGGAUAUUAACAUAUUUUUUGUGGACGAUAAUUAUAAUGAAAAUCUCUUCAACAUGAUACGGAAAAUUAACACUAGAGAAAAAAUUGUUGGGUGGUACACUACGGGUUCUAAUAUUAAGCCCAAUGACAUUUUCAUUAAUGAAAUUUUCUACAAGUAUCACCACGCACCCAUUUUCCUUUUGGUAAAUGUACACACAGAUCAGAGCAUCUUUCCUGUAAAUGCUUAUGUGGCUAUUGAGAAGGCCAUCUCUGAUAACAAAUUUAGAAAAACUUUCAUUCACAUCCCCGUGACGAUAGGAGCGUUCGAAGCUGAGGAUGUUGGAGUGGAGUUCCUUCUGAAAGAGCUGAAGAGUGUGUCGACUUCGACCCUGGCAACAAAAGUGGGAGACAAGCUAUCCUCCCUGAAAACCCUCAUUUUAAAGCUCCAUGAAAUUUCUGCCUACUUAAAUGAUAUUCUAAAUGGAAACAUCGAAAUGAACGUAAAAAUUUUGUACAAUCUGCAAAACGUAUUUAGUCUCCUUCCGGAUACGGAGAACCCAGAACUUUUGGAAUCCUUCAUGGUAAAAAAUAACGACAUCAUGUUAAAUGUAUUCAUUGGAAGCAUUACCAGGUCAGUCAUUGCUUUGCACAAUUUAAUUAAUAACAAAAUUGAAAAUAAAAUAAACGCAGAGAAGAAGAAGAAACUGGACGUGUCCAAAGAUGCAGAGGAUGAUAAAGAAAAGGACAAGGAGAAGGAAAAAUCCAAGAAAAAAAAUUAA